AUGGACCAAGGUGUGUCCCAGGGAGCGGAGGAGGAGGAGGAGGAGGAGGAGGAGGAGGGGGAAGACGGUGUGGUCACCACCCCGUUGGGGGGCCCCGAUCUUGGCACUGGCAUGCCCCAGCCGGUGCCCGACAUCCGUGUGCUGGGUAAGCUGGGGCCCGAGGGGCGCAGGCUCUCGGCGAGCCGCCUCCCGUGCUGCGUCCAACUCUCUGGCUUCGCACUCCCGCCUGCAUCUCCCGAAGUUGCCGCAGUGGGCGAUGUCCACCUCCAGUUGCUUGAUUCGGCGGUGGACAAACUUCCCUUCGGUAAACCACCCGUCAGUGAAAACUGCCGACGGACCUGGACCCGACAAAAAUGA